UCAAUUUACGCCUUCACUAAAAAACUUAAAAAUUUCUCUAACAAGAUCGCCGGCGCACACACACAUGUCUUCCAACAAGAUACACAAACUGAAGAGCAUUUUCACAUCAAAUGGCGGCUGCGGCUGCCGCCCUAAGCCAGCUGACAUCAUCCACCCACAAUCCAAAUCCAAACUAUCCGAUCAAAAAUCCACCCUCCUCCCCUCCUCCUCCGCCACUUCCUCCGAGAGCCACCGCCGCAGGUCCGCCGCCGAAGACGAUGGCUGGUCCUCCUCCACCACCUUCGACUCCUCCCCCCACCGCCACACCCUAUUCUCCAACUCCUGCCCAAAAAUCCAAAACAGCGUCGCUGUCGUCAAAGAUUCCGACGACCCCUACCAAGAUUUCCGGCAAUCCAUGCUUCAGAUGAUCCUUGAGAAAAAAAUCUACUCGAGAAACGAUCUGCAGCAGCUCCUCGACUGCUUUCUCAAGCUCAAUUCGCCGCGCCACCACGAGGUCAUCGUCCGAGCGUUGGCCGAGAUAUGGAACGGCGGGAAGGAGGAGGAGGCGCCGCCGUGCUCCAUGUGAAUACAUUAGAGAUGUGUGGGGGCACGUGGCGGUGGGGUGGCCAUGUGAUAACACAUUAAAUUUCACAUGUGGAGUUGAGAGUUUAAUUAAUAGAGUGGAAACUAAUUGAAUUGGACAUCAAAAGCGAUCGCCAUUUUUGUGGCGAGGGAGAUUGGAAGAGGGUGGAAUACAAUACCAUACUGUAAGUGUAGGUGUCAUAAUAAGUGGAAAUGAAAUUCGAAAUCAUUUAAGAAUUUAGUAGUACUCCGUAUUACAUACUCCCUAUCUUUGUUUUCUCUCUACUUUUUACCUUUUUGUCUAAACUUUGUACUAAUAUGUAGCUUAAUUGUAUAUCGAGGAUAUUGCUCAUUAAUUUCGUCCAGCUAAUACGACUUCGUUAUAUUUGUACUAA